UUUCCCAUCUGUUCAAAUCUCAAUUAUACUCACUGAUUCAGCUCACUCACCGCCAUUGCUAUUAUUCAAUCUUCACAAAUCCCAGCAAAAACCAUGCCCUUCCAUUCCUUCUUUACCUUCUUCUUCUUCAUACUUUUUUUGUAUCCUUUCUCCAUUCAAUCACCAGCUCAUGCCAUUUCAUUUGUAUCACCAAUCCAAAAAGACAAUGCCACCCUCCUCUACUCCCUCACUGUCUAUCUCAAAACCCCACUCCAACCCACGCGCCUCCACCUCGACGUCGGCGCCUCCUUCUCUUGGGUGGCCUGCGACGCCGGCUACAACUCCACCACUUACCAACACAUUCCCUGGGCUUCCCUUCUUUGCGAUUCCCUCGGCCACAAUCUCCCUUGCUCCGUCUGUUUCAAUGCUCCGAGCCCUUCCUGCGCCAAUGACAGCUGCUCCCUUUUCCCUGAAAACUCCGUUACCCGAAAAAUCGCCCUCUCACCCGCCUUAACCGACUCACUCGCGUUGCCCACCUCGGACGGGUCGACUCAAGGGCCGCCGAUUCUCCUUCCGGGUUACAUUUUCUCUUGCUCGCCGAGUUCGCUACUCGAGGGUCUAGCUAACAACGUGACCGGACUAGCCGCGUUCGGUAGGUCGAAUUAUUCACUCCCGGCGCAGGUUAGCAACACAUUCUCUGUUCCUCGUUGUUUUGCGCUGUGUCUCCCUGGAUCCCCGUCGGAUCCUGGCGUUGCUCUAAUCGGAUCCGUCGGGCCUUACUAUUUUUCACCUCAAAAAACCGACCUCUCCAAACUACUGGUUUACACUCCCCUAGUUUUAAACCCCGUCGGGAGCACCGUCGUGACCUACGCCGGUGAACCGUCCGAUGAGUAUUACAUCAAUAUGACCUCCAUCAACGUCAACGGCAAACCAAUUCAGAUAAACUCCUCGUUAUUAGCUGUCGAGGAGAACGGAUCCGGGGGGACAAAAAUAAGCACGGCCGUACCUUACACUGUUUUAGAAAGUUCUAUUUACAACGCUUUAACCACAGCGUUUGUGAACGAAUCGUCUGCAUUGAACCUCACGGUGACCGACACCGUGAAACCGUUCGGCGUGUGUUAUUCCGCGGCUGAUAUCACCGUAACUCGGGUAGGACCGGGGGUCCCGACCGUCGAUUUCGUGAUGCAAAGUGAUAAUGUGUUUUGGAGGGUGUUUGGUUCGAAUUCAAUGGUGAGGAUCACGAGAGAUGGUGGCGGAGAUGUUUGGUGCUUGGGAUUUGUUGAUGGUGGGGUCAACCCGAGAACAUCGGUGGUGAUUGGUGGGCAACAGAUGGUGGAUAAUUUGCUGCAGUUUGAUCUCGACAACAGCAGAUUAGGAUUUACUUCCUCAGUUUUGCUGAAGGGUACCACGUGCUCUAAUUUCAAUUUCGCUUCAACAAGAUAAUUUGCAUUGAUUUGUUUAUUUAUUUUUCGUUGCUUCGAUCAAUUGUAGUUGCGGUAAUUACCCCUAAGUCAUUCAAUUAUUAAUGACUUUACAUUUAAAAGUUUGUCAUUAAUUUAUUGAAAAAGCUACGGUCACAAAGAUGAGUAAAUUUAUAAAUUUGUUAUUGAACCA